GAUUGUCUCAAAUCCCAACACUAAUCGUGACUCCAAUUCAAUUUUGAUUGCACUUUAUCAUGAUACCUGUGUUUUGUUUCACAGCAUUAAAACUGUUUAAUGAUUUUACUAAUCGUUAUUAGCCUAAAGUGACCAAAAUCAUUAUUUAAUGCAUGUUACAAGGCAACAAAUUUAAUAAACAAAAUCAAUCGAUUACACAUUUCAACACUUUUCUGGAACAAAGGAAAACACAGUUUGUAAUUACAAGAUUUACCCCUUAAAAGCCCUCCAAUCAGGGUUGGUUGGCAUAGAAAUUAUCUUUUGCUUUAACGCCAUUUUAGUGACCAUCUUUUAUUAAUUGACCGUUUUCAGUGAUCUAAUUAAUCGUUUAAAUUGUUACAUCGAUAUCUUUCUCUACUUCCCUGACUGCCAAUUCAUGGCCGACCAGUGAACUUACCUCUAAACAGUGUAAUAAAUCAGUUGGAUAAUAAGGAUAAAUGGAGCAAAGUAAACACUUACAGUAAUAUUUACAUUUUGACUUUUCUGUGUCACAAAACAAAGUAACAACACAAUUUUGAUUAUGAUGGCUAUGAGGAUGUUUAUCAAAUUAGUGUUUGCCUUAUUGCUUAUAGACUCACCACUGGUAACUCAAAACGAUGCCUUUAAGGUGGGCCAAAGUUUACCUGUUAACUUCAUAAAUCAGUCACCAUGUUGAUCAAACAAUUGGAGGGAAAACCUUUAAAUGUUUACGUAAAAUACGCUAAAUGUCAAUAUUGAAUGGUUAAAGUAUCAAUUCUCAAUGGAUUAACCUUAUUUUUACUUUGAUCUGCAUUUUUUUGUGUAUCAUUAUUAUUCACAUUCAUACUGAUUAACAAUUCAUACGGAUAUCUAAUGAUGAAGACGAGGAUACAAUUAACUAUAGACUAAGCAAAUUUGAUUAAUUCAUGAUAAAAAUCAAGACUAAAGAUGCAAAACAAGAAACACAAUCUGGCAACGAGAACAAUUUUCAAAUCCAAAUUUAUGGCCUCAUGAAUAAUGAUGUUUUAAACAAUGAAUGGAACGGAAGUUAAUCAAUUGGAUUUCAAAGGGAAAAGCCAAAGAAAGCAAAGGAAGGAGGAAAACAAAGUCAACAUCAACUGUACCUCAAUGGUUAACCUGCAGAAACCUUAGUCAUACAGUUUCAUGGUGAUAAACUGGAGGAAAAUUAAGGUUUUGGCCUGAGUGUCACCAAAACUGAGUGUGUUUUAGGACCCGACCCUGAAACUAAAAGGAUUUCAAGGAAAACUUUGGUUGAAAGCCAUGGUUGAACUACAUGUCCAAUGGUAGUAAAAAUGGUUGUCUUGCAGAUAAUUAUCACUCAAGAAGCAUAAAUCGGCAAAUAAUCUAUAAGGUGUUUGAAACAGCAAUUUAUUUCAAACCACUUGAUUAAAAUUAAAGGUUAACUGCGUAGCGACAACGUCUAUCUAUGAAUUCAAUCAUAAUGAUACUUUUGUCAUGAAACCAACCUUAUUGACUUCAAUUGUUUAUGCUUGGCAGCAAAAUAUGACUCCAUUAAAAUGUUUUCAUUUAAAUUCAGUUACAAGAUUCAUUCUAAUAACAAUAUUGGUUUCCAUAUUCAGUCAAUCAUUUGAUUGUAAACCAGCAAAUUCUGUGAUAAUUGGAACCUCGGAACAAGGAAACAUCAGUCAACCGAUUGACCCACCAAUGUCUACUGAUAAACCUUCAAGAAGCAACGAUAACAAAGGUCCAGUUGUUAAGCGCGCAGCUCAUCCACCUGACGAUAAUUUUGGUAGCAACAAAAAUGAACAUAAAUGUUUUAAGAUGGUUGAACCCGUUUCGCCUAAAAAUUUGUUGUUUUAUUUAAAAGAUUAUAAAAUUAUGAUGGGACCAUUGGUAGAGAAGAUUAAUCCUUCAGAUUUCAAAGUAACUUUGCAUGUGAAAGCAAGGCCAAGAUCGGAUUAUCGAAAAAAAAUGAAUUUGCCUACAUUGGAAUUGAAUACGAAGAAUGAAAAACCGCCCGCUCUUAAUUCAUCGAAAGUUAAGAGUAUCAAAGUCGAAGUCCCUUGUUCACAUUCAUCAUCAACAACCAAUAGCCCUCUUAAAAGCACUUACGGAAAUUCAUCAGACAUAGGCGUUAUAAAACCAAACAGAAUUGAAGUGAAAACUGUGGAAACUACGACAUCAUCUAACGGCACUUUUACAACCAAUCCCUUAAAUCAGAAAGAUCUAACCACCAUUGAAUCACCAACGACAUUCAGUGAAAACGCAACAGUCAGUCGAAAUGACACUGUUACAAAGAGUCUGACUGUUUUACCAACCGGUUUUAAUGCAACUAUGGAAACUACGACAUCAUCUAACGGCACUUUUACAACCAAUUCCACAGACCAGAAAAAUUUAACCACCACUGAAUCAUCAACAACGGUCAGUGAAAACGCAACAGUCAGUGGAAAUGACACUGUUACAAUGAGUCUGACUGUUUUACCAACCGGUUUUGCUGCAACUAUGGAAACUACGACAUCAUCUAACAGCACUGUUACAUCCUAUCCAUUAGAUCAGAAAAAUCUAACCACAACUGAAUCAUCAACCACUGUCAGUGAAAACGCAACAGUCAGUGGAAAUGACACUGUUACAAUAAGUCUGACUGUUGUACCAACCGGUUUUAAUGCAACAAAAAUGGGAACUACGACAUCAUCUAACGGCACUUUUACAACCAAUCCCUUAAAUCAGAAAGAUCUAACCACCAUUGAAUCACCAACGACAUUCAGUGAAAACGCAACAGUCAGUGGAAAUGACACUGUUACAAUAAGUCUGACUGCAGUACCAACCGGUUUUAAUGCAACAAAAAUGGGAACUACUACAUCAUCUAACGGCACUUUUACACCCAAUCCCUUAGAUCAGAAAGAUCUAACCACAACUGAAUCAUCAACAACUGUCAGUGAAAACGCAACAGUCAGUGGAAAUGACACUGUUACAAUAAGUCUGACUGUUGUACCGACCGGUUUUAAUGCAACAACUAUGGAAACUUCGACAUCAUCUAACGGCACUUUUACAACCAAUCUCUUAGAUCAGAAAAAUCUAACCACCACUGAAUCAUCAACAACUGUCAGUGGAAAUGACACUGUUACAACUACAACAAAACCUGCAUCUAAAACAAUGGAUCUCUAACAACCGCAUUUAUUUUAUCGUACAUUUCUAAUUGUAAUAAACUUAUUCCAAUUCCUUAUAUACUUGAUUCUCGUGAUUCAUUAACAGUGAUUAUAAAUCAUUAGUGGUUAUUUAAUUAGACACUUGUAACAAGAAAGUUCAAUUUUUUGAUUCAACUGCGAAUCAAUUGAAUAAAUUAAACUGCAUGACAGGAAUAAAAAAGGCAUAAAAAGCAUUACAACAUGUACAUUGUACUUUAUGCUAAGUGCUUAUGACCAUAUGAUUAACAGUAAUUGAUUAUUGAAAAUGGUAACCUCUUUGAGUUUAUGUUCAACUUUAAAUCGAAAUAAUGAUAUUAAUCUAAAAUUUCAUUAUUGAUAUUUUAUUUAAAUUGUUUACCAUUCCUCAUUAAUCUUACAAUACAGUUCGUGUAAAAUUUAAGUGUUACUUGUUAAUGAAAAUAAUUAUAUUUAUCCAAUUGAAUGUUUAUUGCUCUUCCAUCAAAAUUUUCAUGCCUUCUUUGCCUCCUCAACUUGUGAUUGUUACUGUGUUUACUGAUUAAAGUGGUUAAUUGUAUAAUAUUAUAAGUAACCUUGGAAAGUAAAUUAAUUGAUUAUCUCAACGAGUUUGCUACGAAAAUUCAAUAUUCAGAGGUUUAAAUUAAAUUAAAGAAAUGAUUGUUCAACAACUUGGCCAACUUGCAAACCCAUGUAAACUGGAUAAAAUGAUUGCUCUUCAUUGCCUUCUCCUCAAAGUUGGUUUAUUUAGAGGAACAAGCUAUUUAUUUAAUGACAAGUUGAUACGGGUUUACAAUUUAUUAUUAACACCAAUCGCUAAUUUCAUUUCUAUCACUUGAAACACCUCUAGAUUUCACUUCAUUAUCAUCUCUGUGCUUUUGACGGUCAACAAUCAACUGUUGGUUUACUGAUAUUAACCUGAUUAAACUUGGCCUUUCCUCAUUCCGUUAUAUCACUCUGAAUCAUUUCAUGAUCCAAUUGCAGAUAAUUUCAGAGUCAAUUGAACAUAUUAAGGCUUGGUUGUUGAUCCAGGAUCAGAUUGACUUUAAUUUAUAUCCGAUUGUUAACAUUUUUUGGUUGUCUCUUUGGAAAUGGAUUAACCCUGCAUUUCUUGCAUCAACUUGCCUGUUUUGAAUUAGCUGUUGGCUGAAAAAAACAGAAACAUCAUUAUAAACUGUUAUAUUAUUGAUAAACCAGUAUCUCACGUUGAUGGAUAUCAUCUUUAAACACUUUGGUUGCAUCUCAUCCUUUCCUCAUCCUUGUCAUCUUUGAUUUUUCCCAUCUUUUCUUCUUCUUUCUGGUCUCUGUUUUUUUCCUGUUAACUUUCAAAGAAGCUCAUUCAUCAUUCAGUUUGUAUCGUUUAACUUGAUUCUGCAAGGAAAUCAAAAUUAGCUCAACUUGAGGGCAACAAAUUUGUAACACUAUUGUAAUUGUACGACCAUCAGGUUCAACUCUCUUAAUUUGACUAUUUUCUAACAAUCAUUCAACUCAUCAUGAUUGCUGAUAUUCAAUGAUUACUUUCAGAUUCCCUGUCAUCAAAACAGCUUCUCAACCCUGACAAAACCACAAGAAAACUUCAACAGAUGAGAUUGUGAAGGUUUGGUAAAGACCAAAACGAAUGGCUAAAGGAAGGCAAAACAAACCUAAUUUUGGAAGGAAAGGGAAAAUUUGAUCUGAAUUUAUCUCAAGAAUUUGACUUAUCAUUGAGGUGGAAAUGAUGAAAAUAAUAAAAGUGUAAAUAUAAAUGGACGGCAUUACUUAUAUAUUAACUUGGAAGCUCUUGAGAUUCAUGGCAAUGGUGUUGAAAUUGAAUGUUGGAUGGUGAUAUAGAAAUCAAAUUGGACAACAUUAACAUGAAAACCUUUCCUCAUAUUAGAAACCCCUUUGGAACCAGACUGGACAACAUACCUUCACAAGUGAUGAUUAUUAUUACCAUUUACCUCUAUAAUUAUUGUAUGGUGUUGAUGUUUAUAAUAUUAUUACUUGGAUAAAAUGAUUUUUAUCAAUAGUUAAUGGUACAAUUUUGUCAAUACAUUUUUUCGUUAAACAUGGUUAACUUGAUCAUCUGCAAGAGUCACAAGAAACCUUUACUUGUAUUUUUGGUUGACAUUUAACUCUUUUUUUACAUAAUAUUACCAUUUUGUAGUUAUUAUGUACAAGACACAAUCAUUCAAAAGAGUUAACCUGGUUCAGGUUGAUCUUUAUCAACAUCAUUAUUCACCUCUAACCAUAAUAAUGUUAAAGGUUGACAUUUACAGCUAAAAAUGUUGAUAGGAAAACAAUUUGAGAUUUAUAUUUGAGAAAUAAAUUGUUUCUUCAAAUAAAAGACAAGAUGUAAUUUAAAGAUCUUCCCUUACCUUUGUAUUGUUUUUGGUUUUUGUUGUCUUCAUCUCUCGACUUUUACCCUUUGUUUCUCAAAUUGCUAACUCUGAUUAGGUUAAUUUUACAGUCCCAAUUGUAUUGUGUAAAGAUGAUCAAAAUGGAGAUUCAUUGAUUAAUAAAUUAAAGUGAACGUUGGUGUUUU